AACUUUUUAAGACAAGUUAUUGCAUUCCUGUAACCGUAAUCAUUUACUGUUCCUGAACUCGUCUCAACCGUUCUCUGGCUCACCGCUGUUCAAUUUCGUAUAGUAUUUAUUAAUCAAGGAAAUUGAUUAAGUCGGUCAGAGAUUAAAACUUAUCAUUAUGGCUGCCUACAAAGAAACAAUGAAACCUGGUGUUGAAGAAAACCAGAAUUGGUUGAAUCAUCGUAUUCGAAUUACACUCACAAGUUUGAAUGUAAGAAGUUUAGAAAAAGUUUGCAAUGAUUUAAUCAAGGGGGCUAAGGAAAAGGAGCUCAAAGUCAAGGGACCAGUCCGCAUGCCUACUCGAGUUCUCCGUAUCACCACCCGAAAGACACCUUGUGGUGAAGGUUCCAAAACCUGGGACAAAUUCCAAAUGAGAGUACACAAACGCAUCAUUGAUUUGCACAGCCCAUCUGAAAUUGUAAAGCAGAUCACAUCAAUUAGCAUUGAACCUGGUGUUGAAGUUGAAGUUACUAUUGCAGAUGCUUAAAUUUUGUAUGAGCUAAUAAAAAGAAGAAAAAAUC